CCUAGUGCCGAGCAGAGAGGAGGCAGCCCAGAGAGGAGCACAGCUCUCACUUCACGUUGCACAUCGAUUACUACGAUUUUGAUCAUCAUCCCAACAAUGAUGCAUUUCAUUCUGUACACACUGGCAGUUUCAUGCAUCUGUGUGCAGCUGGCAGCAACCAUUGCACCUGGAGAAUCUUCGAUUCCUGUCACCUGCUCUAUGAGAGCACUGGAUCUAAAGAAAGAGUUGGUUCAGGUCCUUUGCCCACCUGGAUGUGCUGAGCAACAGUUGUCGGUCUAUGGAGACGGGAUUUAUGCAGCUGUUUCCAGCAUUUGUGGAGCAGCCCUACACAGGGGUGUGCUCCCCAAAAAUGGAGGAAUGAUAAAUGUCCAUAGACUCCCUGGACAACAAGAUUACCCAGCCUCCUCUGCAAACGGAAUUCAGUCCCAGAGCCUCAGCAGGUGGACAUCAUCCUUCUCUGUAUCCAAAGCCGUAAGUCAAGGGCUGGAGGUUUCAGGAAAACCGGUGGCCAGUCAGGUCGCUUCAACCAAGCGGCUAAAGAAGACUCCACAGAAGUUAACUGGCAACAAAGACUGUAAAGCAGAAAUUGCCUUCGUUAUUGACGGCAGCAACAACAUUGGGCAGCGUCGCUUUAACCUACAGAAAAAUUUUGUGGCCAGAGUGUCCAUGUUGCUGGGCAUUGGCACAGACGGUCCCCACGUGGGAGUCGUUCAGGCAAGUGAAGUGCCCAAGACUGAGUUCCUUCUGAAGAACUUUACAGCCCCUCGGGACGUUCAGUUUGCUGUGAAAGAGAUUAGCUUUAGAGGGGGCAACUCCAAUACAGGCAAAGCUAUAAAACACACAGCACAAAACUUUUUCACUACUGCUAAUGGGGUCCGGAAGGGCAUUCCAAAGGUCAUGGUGGUGUUUAUAGAUGGCUGGCCCUCUGAUAACAUUGAGGAGGCAGGAAUCGUGGCCCGAGAGUUUGGCAUCAAUGUCUUCAUUGUGUCGGUGGCACCUCCAGCCGCAGAAGAACUGGGCAUGGUGCAGGACAUAGCUUUUAUAGACAAGGCAGUAUGCAGAAACAGCAGCUACUUCUCCUACCAUGUUCCAGGUUGGUUUGGCACUGCCAAGCAUGCAAAGCCGCUGAUGCAGAAGUUGUGCUCCCACGAGCAUCUCCUUUGCAGUAAGACUUGCUACAACUCUGUCAACAUUGGCUUCCUCAUCGAUGGCUCCAGCAGCGUCGGGGACCUGAACUUCCGCAUGAUGCUCGAUUUCAUGGCCGACGUGGUGCGAGCCUUUGAAGUAUCAGAUGUUGGUACAAAAGUAGGGGCCGUCCAGUUCACCUAUGACCAACGCCUGGAAUUUGGUCUUAAUGAUCACUCCAACAAAGACGACGUGCUGAAUGCUCUCAGAAACAUCCGCUACAUGAGUGGUGGUACUGCAACUGGGGAUGCCAUCAACUUUGCUGUGCGUAAUCUCUUUCAGCCAACAAAGGAUGGGCAUAACAAGAACUUCCUGAUCAUCAUCACUGAUGGGCAGUCGUAUGAUGACGUAAGGGGCCCGGCCAGCUCAGCACACACAUCAGGUGUGACGGUUUUCUCCGUGGGUGUAGCAUGGGCACCGAUGGAAGACUUGAAGGACAUGGCAUCUGAACCGAAAAACUCCCACACCUUCUUCACCAGGGAAUUCCCUGGGCUGGAACAAAUCACUUCAGACUUGAUCCGUGGGAUCUGCAGAGACUACCUGGACUCACACAAGUGAGGAAAGCCAGCAACCCCCCCCCCUGAGAGGAAUGAGAGGAGCUUAUAGACAGUGAGACCUCUCAUUAAUGGGUUAACCUGAUACAUCCAGUGCCUAUACUCAUCCGCUACAGGGACGUUAGGGCUGCACUUACCAUUGCCUAUUUGAUCUGAGAUUCUGUUAAAUAUUAAUA